UGGUCACAUUGGUGCAAGUAGUCACACUGGUGCUAGUGGUCACAUUGGUGCUAAUGGCCACACUGGUCCUAGUGGUCACACUGGAGCUUGUAGUCACACUAAUGCUAGUAAUCACACUGUUGCUAGUGGUCAUACUGGUGCAAGUGGUCACACUGGUGCUUCUAGUCACACACUUGUAAGUGGUCACACUGGUGCUAGUGGUCACAUUGGUGCUUAUGAUCACACUGGAGCUAGUGGUCACACGGGUGCUAGUGAUCACACUGAUACUAGUGGUCACACUGGUGCUAUUGAUCACACUGGUGCUAGUGAUUACACAUGUGCUAGUGAUCACAUUGGUGCUAGUGAUUACACUGGUGCUGGUAAUCACAAUGGUGCAAGUGAUCAUACUGGUGCUAGUGGUAACACUAGUGCAAAUGGUCACACUCGUGCUAGUGAUCACACUGGUGCUAGUGAUCAUAGUGUAGCUAGUGAUCACACUAGUUCUAGUGAUCACACUAGUGCUAGUGAUCACACGGGUGCUAGUGAUCACACAGGUGAAAGUGUUCUCACAGAUGCUAGUGGUCACACUGGUGCUAGUGGUUACACUAGUGCUAAUGAUCACACUCGUGCUAGUGGUCACACUGGUGCUAGUGGUCACACUGGUGCUAGUGGUUACACUAGUGCUAAUGAUCACACUCGUGCUAGUGGUCACACUGGUGUUAGUGAUCACACCGGUGCUAGUGAUCAAACUGGUCCUUGUGGUCACACUGGUGUUAGUGAUCACACUGGUUCUAGUGAUCACACUAGUGCUAGUGCUAGUGAUCAUAGUGUAGCUAGUGAUCACACUAGUUCUAGUGAUCACACUAGUGCUAGUGAUCACACGGGUGCUAGUGAUCACACAGGUGAAAGUGUUCUCACAGAUGCUAGUGGUCACAUUGGUGCUAGUGGUUACACUAGUGCUAAUGAUCACACUCGUGCUAGUGGUCACACUG